GUCCAAUCUUUUCUCCUCUUCCUGGACGUUGAGUGCCUUCACUUUCGCCUUGCUUCGUUAUCAAUCUGGGCACUUUUUCUGCGCAAGAUACAUGUGUACGUAUCAGCAGACCUGUUCCUGUCGUGCAACUGUGUGCAUGCGGAGUUCGAUCUUGUCGGAGACGACUGAUUGAACGUUAUUUGAAGACUUCUACUUCUCGGACCUGGUGGAAUUGUCUCGCGAGAACUUGACCGUGGAAUACUCGCGAAGUUUUUCACCUUUUCCGUUUAACCAUACUCACCUCUAUCUAUUGGAUAAGCAGAGACAUGGCCAAGAUCAAACUUCACGGCAUAAUAUUCAAUUACUUACCUUCGCCCACUGGGGAAGGGAGUCUGGACGCCUCCUUCUGAGAAGCACAAGAUUGACAAGAGUUAUUCCAGUUGCGGGAACAGCCGUUCUUGACAUACUACAGGCCCUGAAGAGGAUACGGUCACUACAUAAUUUGCGUUUCCCAUUCCCCGCCGACUUCCGUUACGCUUCGUGCAUCAAGGUCUCGCAAGAUAUAUUGCAGUGCUAAACCUGUCUGAUCUCCUUGCUGAUCUCGGCCGCGAUCUGCCUUCGUUCGGGUCCCAUUAUAGCUACCAUGCAUAAACCGCUUGCUGUUCGCGUGUCCUCAUGCACUUAUGCUCGAGGUCCCAGAUGAUAUAACUCUCUAUAACAUCAUCAACGAUCUUGUCGGACUGUCCUGCAAGCUAUCCGUUCUUUUUCUGGGUGAUGCCUCGACCUUUUCCAAUCAGGUACUCUGAUCUGCGGCGAAUCUUAUUUAUGAAGCCUGGUCGGCAACCUACCGGCAACUCCAUUUCCCAGAAGGUCGAAGAUACGGAGCCUCUGCCAGUCAAUUCAUCUUCAGGACACCAACCUGAACCCCUAGUUUCACCUGUCCCCCAAGACACCAUGUCCGACCAUCCUGACAGUUAUAUUGCGUACUCAUUUACAGAGAAGAACGGCAAACUUCAGAAGAUCAAUGUACCUUGGAAAGACCCUCAGGAGGGCGAGAUUGUAGUGAAAGUACUGGCGUGCGGCGUUUGUGGAAGCGACAUUUUCGUUGGGGAGCAGCAGCUUCCAACCGGUCUGCCGCGUAUCCCAGGUCAUGAGAUUGUGGGGACCGUCUGGGCCGUUCCUUCUACUGAGCACAAGUUCAAAGUAGGAGAGCGUGUCGGUGCAGGUUGGCACGGCGGCCACUGCUUCAGCUGCGAUAUGUGUAUCGCAGGCAAUUUCUCUCAGUGCAGAAAGCAAACUAUAAAUGGUAUAUUCCGGGAUGGUGGAUAUGCCGAGUACGUUACUCUUAGAACCGAGUGCAUGAUUUAUGUCUCCGAGGACCUCGAUCCUGCGGAGACUGCCCCGCUCUUGUGUGCGGGAAUAACAGCUUUCAACUCUAUUCGACACAUGGACGCCAGCCCCGGCGAUCUAGUUGCUGUGCAGGGUAUCGGAGGAAUUGGUCACUUGGCCGUCCAAUAUGCUAAGGCGAUGGGCUUCAACACUGUCGCGAUCUCGUCUUCCGACGCCAAACGCGAACUCGCAGGUCGACUCGGCGCCUCUCAUUUCGUCGACUCCUCCAAGGAGCCACCCGCGAAAGCUUUGCAAACUCUUGGCGGAGCACAAAUGAUCGUCUGCGCAGCACCAAACGAGAAGAUCAUCGAGGAAGUGUUGAUGGGAUUGGGUCCGAACGGGACCUUGUUGAUCAUCGCCCUAGCCAGGGCUUCGGUGUCCAUCCCUAUCUGUCAGUACCUAUCCAUCUUUCGUCAUCUGCUGUUCAUUUGUUGCUUUGGUUGGUUGGGUGGGUGGCUGAUCUUUGAUCUUUUGUUACAGUCCCUCUUGUGAAGAACCGUAUCUCCGUCAGGGGUUGGGCUAUCGGCAACCCAAAGGACACCCAGGAUUGCAUCGCUUUCUCGAAACAGACCGGCGUGAAGUGUUUGAUUGAAAAAUUCCCUCUGGAUAAGGCUCAAGAGGCUUAUGACCAUCGUGAGUCGGCCAAAUUUAGGGCCGUUAUCGUGCCUUGAAUAGUCGUUGUAUGGCUGGAUGCGCUUGGCGGGCUUGUCAACUUGAGAAUACGGGGCUUUCUGAGAAACGCCAUAAGUGUAUUGUGGUCGUGAUGUAGAGGUCAGGCAUGUACAUGCGAGCGCAUAGAAUUUGCGAGUACCUAAACGAAUGUGGGAAGUAGUGAAUAGAAUGUGUAUACAGGUUAUUGAUAUGGGUAUGUGCAUUGAACAAGAAGCAGCUUGUUCAACGUGUGAUUAUGAAUGGUCCUUGAG